CGUCACCGUGUCAUGUCGACGGGCGGCGUGCGCCAUCUUGAAGCGAAACCAAAUCACGGGCAGAUCCCGCGCGCCUCCGCUCGCUCUCAAUCCGCGCUCGUUCACACCGACCGCCCGGCUGAGCUCGAGGAUAAACCGCAUUGAAGGCUCCAGGCACAGGCACAGGCGAUGAUGGCAGGGGUUGGUGGAGGCAAUGAUUUCCAGUGGUGCUUCUCCCAGGUCAAAGGAGCCAUAGAUGAAGAUGUUGCAGAAGCGGACAUUAUCUCAACUGUUGAAUUUAACUAUUCGGGGGAGUUAUUAGCCACAGGAGACAAAGGGGGAAGAGUCGUCAUAUUUCAGCGAGAACAGGAGAGUAAAAACCGGCUGCUCUCAAGAGGGGAAUACAACGUGUACAGCACCUUUCAGAGUCACGAGCCUGAGUUUGAUUACUUGAAAAGUUUAGAAAUCGAGGAGAAGAUCAAUAAAAUCAGAUGGCUCCCGCAACAAAACGCUGCACACUUUCUCCUGUCUGCAAACGACAAAACCAUCAAACUAUGGAAGAUCAGCGAAAGGGACAAACGAGCAGAAGGAUACAACCUUAAAGAUGAAGACGGAAGACUGCGAGAUCAGUUUCGGAUCACAACACUACGGGUUCCUGUGCUGAUGCCGAUGGAUUUGAUGGUGGAAGCAAGCCCGCGCAGAAUAUUUGCAAACGCACAUACAUAUCACAUCAAUUCCAUUUCUGUAAAUAGUGAUUAUGAAACAUACCUUUCUGCAGACGACCUCAGAAUAAACCUCUGGCAUUUAGAAAUCACAGAUAGAAGUUUUAACAUUGUAGAUAUAAAACCAGCCAAUAUGGAGGAGCUGACGGAGGUGAUAACGGCGGCCGAGUGUCACCCACACCAGUGUAACGUCUUUGUGUACAGCAGUAGUAAAGGAACCAUCCGCUUGUGUGAUAUGAGGGCCGCCGCGCUCUGCGAUAGACAUAGCAAAUUUUUUGAGGAGCCAGAAGAUCCCAGCAGCCGGUCGUUCUUCUCAGAAAUCAUUUCCUCCAUAUCUGACGUCAAGUUCAGCCACAGCGGUCGAUACAUGAUGACCCGCGAUUACCUCUCCGUUAAGGUUUGGGACCUGAAUAUGGAGAACCGGCCCGUAGAGACCUACCAGGUACAUGAGUACCUACGAAGCAAGUUGUGCUCGCUCUACGAGAAUGACUGCAUUUUCGACAAGUUUGAGUGCUGUUGGAACGGUUCAGACAGUGCCAUUAUGACGGGUUCCUACAACAACUUCUUUAGGAUGUUUGACAGGAACACGCGCAGGGACAUCACACUGGAGGCGUCGAGGGAGAACAGUAAACCCCGUGCCAUGCUCAAACCACGCAAGGUCUGCACAGGCGGCAAACGGAAGAAAGACGAAAUCAGCGUGGACAGCCUGGACUUCAACAAGAAGAUCCUACACACCGCCUGGCACCCGAAAGAGAACGUGAUAGCUGUGGCCGCCACCAACAACCUGUAUAUAUUCCAGGACAAAAUUAAUUAAAAAAGAGAGAGAGAGAGAGUGAUCUAAAAACCAAGAAGAAACAAAAAUAAAGAAAAAGAAACAUCCCCUCCUCCCCAUUUCCCCCCUGCGCAGGUCGGAGGAUGCUCAAGAAUUCUCAUACUUUGCAAUGAUAAGCCUAGUCGUUAAAUCUGUAAGAGAAAUAUGGCCCUGUUGUUGACCCAACAAAGAAGUUAAGCACUUGUUUUUCAAACCAGGAAGCUGAGAGACAGACCUUAUAUAUUAGAAAAAAAUUAAUAAAGAAACUCUUUGGGAGGGCGUCAAUAAUUCACGACGACCCCAAACUAAAACAUAAAAUCUAAAUCAAGGAAGAAGGCCGAUAUCAACUUACCCUCCAGUAACGGAACCAAUACCAAUCAGCAUUAAGAGGCUUGAUCUACUUUGCUAAAGUCGUACAUGUAUUCGUCUUUCGUCUGAGCCUUACGUUUUUAUGAUUUGACGACCAAAAGUACGGAAACGCACCAGAAUGGGUAACGUCUCGCUGUCAAUCGUAUGUACUCACUGUUCGAAAUCCAGGCCUUCAUGAGCGUUUAUUUAAUGCCUGUUAACAUUCCUUCCCCUUGCCUGACUCUCAGGCCUUCAAGUUCUACCUUUUAAGCACUUAAAACAGGUCUCCAUUUUGGUCAGUGCACAGUUUUGUUUGUUUCUUCCCCAUUUCUCUCGGUUUUAUUUUAUACAACGUUUUUUUUUUUUUUUUCUUGUUUUCUCAUGCAUAAUAAUAUCUACUCACUGACUGUAUCUAUAUAUUACACCAUCUGGUGUCAAACCACUUAAUAAAAGUAACAUAACAUUA